UAUCGAUCAUGUUCAUGAAUGCGGAUAUCUCGAAUGAACUACGAACAUGAUUGAGCUAUGGUCUUAGUUAUGUAAAUCAAAAAUGCUAACACGGAUAGACAGAUCUUUUAAUAGGAAAAGAAACUUUGUGAGUUGCUGAAUUACCUCUGCUUUUGUUUGAACUAGCAUUAUGUGUCCGUGGUAUGAACGAACAUUAAAAUAGCAUCGAUGGCGUAUUCUCGUAAACUGACAGAAUCUAAAUACCAUAACUGGGUUAAAGCUAGUUUAGCUGUUUUGUUUACCAAAGAGGGAAUUCAGCCGUUUGUUCAUGAUGAAAUAGAACAGUUUCAGCAAAAAUGUUUGACUGACAUUUGCAGCAAUAACGGACUACCAGUGGGCACCACGUGUUCUAGUUGCUAUACAGAAAAUAUUAUUGUCUGUCCUACAAAUAGAAUCUGCAAUGCAGGGCGUGGGAAAUGUAGUUUCCAUAGAAAUGCUGCCACAAGGUACAACCCUGUUGGCUGUCCAAAUAUAGUUUGUAAUAACUUUAAAACAGAAAUUCAGAACGCCCAUCGUUACAAUGGUCCGUCUUAUCGUAAUACCGACGCUACACAAUGGAACAGCAAUCCCUGGGAAGUAGCCAAAUGUUUCAUGCCUCCUGACGGCUACAAGGAUGUUGCAAGUGCCGCUGACACUGACUUUAAUGGAAUCAUCAGUGUUAUAGCCAACCACAAAGGCUUUCAGAAGAAGACACAGGCUAACUUAGAUGACAAGAACAACAUUUUUGAACAUGGAAGACAGAUUGGCAAGACCGUCCGGCAUUCUCCAAAGUUAGAAGUAGAUGAUGCAGAUCUACAGCUGUACUUUAGAUAUCUUAAGGAUCUUCUCUCUGAUCCGGGACAUUUAGGUUCUGACAGAUAUGCACAAUCUGCUAUACAGAAGUUAACACAGCUGCAGAACAAUACUUUGGUAAUAAGAUCAGACGAUGUCCGACGUGUUUUAGAAGAGGUUGCAAAAGCCAUACAAGACAAAAUAAAAAACGAAAUGGAUAAGCUCAAGAAAAUAGCAGAAGAAGAAAAAUUGAAAUUAAUUACAGAUUCAGUACAUGCGAUAAAAAGUCAAGAAGACAUGUCAGUUUCUGAUUUAAAACAGUCACUGUCGGAUGCUCUUAAUGAGAUUGAAAGAAAAACUCAACAAUCUGUAGAUAUAAUCAGAACAGAAACUGAACAACAGAAAACAACCGCUUCGAGAAAAAUUGAAUCAGGAGUAGAGGACGGAUUAGAAAAGAUUAAAGCCAAAACUUGCGAAUCGAUCGAAUUGAUUGGUAAAAAGAAUACAGAAGAAAGACACGACGAAUUAAUGAGAGAGUUCAAAGUUGACCUCGUGACAUUCAACAACAAACGACACAGUUCAAUUCCUCUCUCGCCAUUAUUUGAGGAAAUUGACACCCCACUCUUAGAUUUUUAUGUAAUGCCAGAUAUGUUUACUUGCGUUAGAAAAGAAAGAACAAAGAUCCAAUCUCUGAAAGAAGUAUUUUUCAAGCAAGAAGAAAAAUGUAAUGAAAUAUACAUCACCGCUGAUGCAGGAUUCGGCAAAACGGCUUUCAGCAAGAGACUCGUUAUGACAUGGUGCCAAGCACAACGACCUGAUGAUAGCAAUGAUCGCUACUUUUCUCAGGAAGAUAUUUCUGCUAUGAAAUGUUUUGACUUCCUUUUUCUAGUAUCAUUACGAGAUGCAGACAAGAAUUGCAACAUUGAUGACAUGAUUGUGAAACAGAUUGUGCAACAUUUGGGCUUGCAUUUCGACUAUACGGCACAAUUCCUUGAAAAGAUUUUAUCACGAAAAUCUUGCUUAAUCAUACUCGAUGGUCUGGAUGAAUGGAUACAUAGUACGUCGUCCACUUGCACUAAAGGGGUAAGCCAGAUACCGCAUCGCAACGAGCGAAAGGAUGCCACAAUUGUCACCACAACUCGGCCAUGGAAAUUAAGUGUACUAAAUAUAAAAAACAGUGAAAUAGACAAAACGAUUGAACUGGCGGGACUCAAUAAAGAAUCCGAACGGAAGCUGAAAAUCAACGCUAUUUCGAAAAUAAACGACAAAACCAGAGAUGAAAUAAAUGCCCAAGUUCAGAAAUUCGACGAUGAAAUAAAGCAAAAGGCUAUAAAUGAUUUUCAAAACAUUCCUUUGCUACUUCUGUAUAUGAUCUGCCUUUGGAGUGAAGGAAAAGAACUAGGACGAUCAAUGAGUGACUUUUAUAGUAGAGUCAUAGAGCUGCUGCUAUCAAGAGGCGUAAAAACAUUUAAAAUGCAGCCCAGGAAAGCAAAUGAAUCAAAUAUCCCAAAAUGCUUCAUGGAGCAAGAAACCUGCAUAACAUAUUACCAAUUUCUGAAAGGUCUAGGUGAACUAGCUUUUCAAACACUAUUCUGCUUCACAAGAGAAAACACACUGGUGUUUGAUGCUUCCGUGGCUAAACGAUUCUUGUCAGAUGAAUACUUGAAAUUCAGUUUAAAGUCCGGUAUAUUGACGCAAAGUAAAGAACAAGGACUGAUUAGCCAAAAAUCAAAAGUUUCAUUUGCACAUAAAUCCAUGCAAGAAUUUUUUGCAGCGUUAUCCAUAUACCACAUGCCAGAUCAGGAAAAUGCAAUGGAAAGUGUCCGGUCAGUGUGCAAAGAUAUAGAUAGCAUUUUGCAAAUGAAAAUGGUAUUUUCUUUCCUUUCGGGAAUCAGUUUGCGUUCUUCAGGAAGAUUGUUUCAAAUGAUAAUGGACGUUGUGGCGGCCGACAGUAGAACACAACAAUACAGAAGCUCUUCAUUUAUUUGGAACCAUAACAUUAUUCAGCCAUUGAAAAGCAUUCAGAACAUGUAUAUAGAUUUUAUAAGUGAAAACACACAAAAUGGUGCAGAAGUUACUUGUCUGCAUUUACAAGAUUUUAUCAUAGAUAAUAACUGUAAGGACGCUAAAUAUUCUUCGGCAUUAAGCAAACUUUUAUCUAUAAAUAAGGGCAAUAUAAAAUCAAUAUGUAUAAAAACAGUUGAAGGUAUUCCUGACUUUCACCAGGUUAUGAGAGAUUUCAAUCUCUAUAACACACGAGGUCUUGAAAAGGUAUUUUAUAGGAGUGAUAUCAUUGGAGAUGAAAUUAAGAUGCUGCUGAAUGGAUCAUUAAAUACUCUUAAAUAUUUGGCAGUUACUUCCCACAAGUGGGACGAAGAUGUCAGUUGUUGUUGGUCUGAUGCCUUAUCUUGUCAGCUCGAGAGUAUGCAAUAUUUACAAGGAAUAGCUUUCGACGGUUUUGUUAUGGAACAUAACCAGUUUGAGAAGCUGAUGGACUACCUGAAACAGAAACCAUCGUUGCUUGAAAUUUCACUCUACAACCUUAAAUGCACUGACCACGGUAAAACAUGCAAUGGAUGUGGACUUGAUUUGUCUACAAAUACCGGUCUUAAACUCCUCCGACUCAACAGCAUUCCUCUGUCAGAUUUGGAUAUAAGUGUGACUUCGUUAGAAUCGUGUGAUGUUGGAAAGUUAGGAAUCAUAACUAAGUAUCUACAACAACUACCGUUCGCACAUAACCUAAACACUUUUCUAUGCAGCUUUCAAGAGUCAGCCAGUGACAUUGACGCUAUGCUGAAAACGCUUCCAAUGUUGGGUGGUUUGGAGGUCAUUAAAUUACGGAAAAUGAAUAUAGGUGACAAAAUGCUAGAACUACCAUCUGCAGUUGAAAAUAUAAUAUUAUUGAACGUAACAAUGACGAGUAAUUCCCUGGAAAAGCUGAUUAAGACUCUAGAAAGCCACCAGCAGUCAGUAUCUAUAGAGAUCAUAGGUUGUACCAUAGUUCCAGGGCAUGCAUUUGAAACGCUAAAGACAGAUAUACGUAAAUCUGAUUUAUUCGUAGUGAAAGAGGAUGGUCUAGAUGAAAAUAGUCAACAUUCGUUUGUUUUCGAAACUUCAAGCGGUAAAUUAUUGAAGUGAAAUAACGUCAAUUCAAAUAACACUUUAUUUCAAACUUGGGGAAAAUUGCAAAUGCCAAAUGCCAAUUGAGUGAAACAUAAUAGAAAGUGGUAGUGCACUAAACAGUUAGAGAAAUAUUUUUUCAGGCAAAGCUAACGCACACAUCAAAAAAGAUUCUAUCUAGUAUUAUUCUAUGAUUUUAGUUUGACAUUAUGCAUAUAUUAGAAUUGCAUUUAUAUAAAUCUAUGUUUGUCAGUGGAAUCAUUGAAUGUUCUUAAAAUAAGUGUGUAUAUUUUUGCGUAUGAAUCAAAAUAGUUGAAAUUGAUGAUGUUGGCGAAAUAUUUGACCUUCUUGUGAUAUGUUUUAUUCCGGAGACAUCUAAAUUAAUGAAAGAGUAAUCUGCUUUAUAAAUAGUUCAUAAGAAAAUUUAUUUGUAUCACAUUUGUAUUAUAUGUUUAUGACCAGUACAGUGCAACACGGUAGUUUCCGGUGUUUCUUUUUCUGUGAUAAACAAUGUUAUGCCGAUUUUUCAUGCGGCUGCUUGGAUACAUUUGAUAAUUUUAAAGUCUUUUACAUCGUCCGACUGGUUAUUAUUUAUCUCGUAUCUUUAGUUUCGAUUUUUGGAAAUAUUUAAUUUCCUAAGAGUACUUGCUGUAUAUGUAUUGUAACAUUAUUCGCAUGUUCCAGUUAUAAAAGGUUUUCUCUUUUGAAUCUAACCAAGAUUGCUACACUUUGUAUUUGCAAUGUAGCCUUUGUAACUUCUUAAGAAUUGCAAUUUAAGCCCUUUUGCGAAUUUUAAAAAUUGGUGUUUUGUAAAAUUGGUAUUUGGUAUUAUAAACUAACUGACAAACGGGGUGCAAAGUUUGCCCGUACUUACAAAAUAAGUUUGCGCUAAAAUACGUCUUCAUAAUUGCAUAACAUUCCAUGAUUUUUAUUCAAUACUUUUAUGUAUAAAGUGCUUGAGAAUAUAACAAAAUUAUGAUGAAAUAAAAAUUAUGUGCUAUUUUAAUAUUCUUUUCAUU